CAGACACUGAUCUCUUCUCUGUGGUGACCAGUGACAGGACCCGAGGGAAGGGCCUGAAGCUGAGUCUGGGGAGGUCUAGGCUGGAAGAACAAAGGUUCUUCACCCAAAGGGUGUCUGGGCACUGGAAAAGGCUCCCCAAGGAAGUGGUCACAGCAUGAAGCCUGACAGAGUUCAAGAAGCAUGUGAAAGCCUGUGCCCGAGUAGGUGAGCUACUAUCCAAAGAGAGAACCCCGAGGUCCUCACGACACUGGCUCCUUAUUCUGGUGGAAAUUCCAAUAUUGGUGUGGUGUGGUUUUAUUCAACUUACCCACUUAGAGGGGGAUUUGGGGCCUAGUGCAAGCUGUCACUGAAAAAAAAAGUCAGUCCCGUUCGGCUAGGCUUUGCUCUAACAUUCGCCCUCAGCUUCCAAGGACACAAAGGACCAGGGAGCUGGAGUCGCUGCACAAGACUGAGACCAAAACUCCGCUAUCGGGUGUCCAGGAACUCACACUUCAGGCUUGACAAAGCGGAAGGCCCCGAGUCCCGAGCAGCGGCUCCCAUCCGCGCCCGGGGCCCGUUGGGCCGGGCUGCCCGGGCCGCGGGGGCGGGCGGUGCCCCGAGGGCGCUGCCGGGUGACGGCGGCGGGGGCAGCAUGGCCGCCAGCGGCACGCGCCUGGCGCAGGAGGCGCUCGGCAGCGCGCCGGGGAGGAGGCGGCCUGCCCUCGCUUCCUUCUCCGCCUUCAGCUUCGUCCCGCCCAAACGCGAAGGGCCUCCGGAGCUCAGCUAUUACGGCCGGCCGCACAAGACAGGAGAUUUUUUCACCUAUGAUGCUGUUUUUGGAAUACCAGAAGGUUAUGACCAAUAUCUUCCACGAUGUGACAGAAAACACGCAAAGGCUCGUGGCCUUAAAAUUAAUGAGGAGGAGAUGGCAAGACCUGUUCCUGUGCUGACAUCCUCAGAGUAUGGGAAGCGCAUACAUAAGCUCUUAGACCCAGCAACCGGAGAGCAUGCAAGGGUUAAUAGCCUGCAUGCAGCAAUCUACGGGGAAGGCAGCCGCCCUGCCCAUUGAAAACACCUUCUCCAGGCCUGGAUCCAUGGGAAAUCUCUUGUAUCUGUCAUCACCAGCAACGUUUAUCUGGAAAAAAAAAAGCCAACACUUUGAAAAGCAAUAUGGUGCUUUUGCCUUUUCCUCUACAGUUUAUUUAAGGAGAAUUAUCUGGGUUAAAAACAGGGUGAAAUAGCA